CAAAGCCUGACGCAUUUUGGCCUCCUUACCGCAGAUUUCCUCCGAGUGCGUCGAGAUUAGUUACGGAAACUAGCAUUGCUAGGUAGCUAUCCCCGUUUAGAGACUUCGACCUUAUUUUCACCCAUAUUGUGACUGGAUAGACCAUAGUCUUAUUUACUACAUAUGCAGUCCUACUAGCAGGGGAAGAUGUUCAACAAGUCGUUUGGUGCUCCCUUUGGAGGAGGGACUGGAGGAUUUGGGACGUCAUCCACAUUUGGGCAACAAAACACUAGCUUUGGGGCGGCAACAGGUGGCUUCGGAGCCUCAGCGUUUGGGGCGACCAACAACACUGGAGGACUCUUUGGGGCAACGCAGAAUAAACCAGUGGUGACAGCCAAUCCUCAGCAAAUCCACACUGGUGCAGGUAGAGGAGGUGGCCUAUUUGGUUCCAGUACCUUCAGCCAGCCUGUGACAUCAUCCACCAGUAGCGGCUUUGGCUUUGGCGCGCCCAGCGGCACCUCCACCAGCCUGUUCGGCAGCACCAGCACGGGCGGCAGCGGAGGACUCUUCUCCCAGCAGAGCAAUGCAUUUGGCGCCGCCAAACCAGCCUCUUUUGGCACGUUCGGUACGAGCACGGCCAGCAGUGGGGGGCUGUUUGGGGCAACCAACUCCAACCCUUUCGGAGGGGCGUCUACCUCCCUGUUCGGAGCAUCAGGGUUUACCCAGCAGGCUGCCCAGCCAGGCACCACCGUCAAGUUCAACCCUCCAACAGGAAGUGAUACCAUGGUGAAAGGGGGUGUGACGACAAGCAUCAACACCAAGCACCAGUGCAUCACGGCCAUGAAGGAGUAUGAGAACAAAUCACUGGAGGAGCUGAGGUUUGAGGACUACCAGGCAGGGAGGAAGGGACCCACUAACCCUAUGGCUGCACCAACAGGUGGUCUCUUUGGGCCUGCAGCCGCAGCCACCCCCAGUACGGGGACUACAGGGCUGUUUGGCUCCUCAGCCACUAACACAGGCUUCUCCUUCGGCCAGGCCAAAACCUCCUUCGGAACUAGUGCGGGUGGGUUUGGUGCAGCCACAGGCAGUCUGUUUGGGCAGCAGCAGCCCCAGCAGGUCCAGCAGGCAGUCAGCCUGUUCAAGCCCUUCGGCCAGGUCACGACCACCCCCAACACAGGCUUCUCCUUCGGCAGCACCAUGGGCCAGCCCCAACAAACCAGCACCAUGGGGGGUCUGUUUGGGGCCACGGCAGCGUCCCAGGCAGGGGGGUUGUUUGGAAACACUGCUCAGACCGCACCAGCUACGGGCUUUGGGACAGGCACUGGACUCUUUGGACAAACCAACACUGCUUUCGGCAACGUCGGCACACAGGGCUUGUUUGGUAAUAAAACGGCAGGGUUUGGUGUCACCACCACCAGCGCCCCAUCGUUUGGCACGGGCACCGGCCUUUUCGGCAACAAACCUACCCUCUCUCUCGGAACAGCUACCAACACAUCCAACUUUGGUUUUGGACCCACUGCUGCUGGUGGAAGCCUUUUUGGGAACAAGACUGCAGCAGGAGGACUAGGGAUGGGAGCCAGCUUUGGAGCAGUUGGCACUGGUCAGAUGUCUCUGUUUGGGAAUAACAAGACACUGGGUUCCACUCUGGGAACAAUGGGAGGUUUUGGUGUGCAGGGAUUCAGCACAGGAAACAGCACUCUGGGCUUCGGAGCGCCACAACAGCCCGUUGCGAUGACGGACCCUAACGCGGUGGCGGCCCAGCAGGCAGUGCUGCAGCAGCAGAUCAAUGCUCUGGCCUACUCCCCCUUCGGAGACUCCCCCCUCUUCAGAAACCCCCUCUCUGAUGCCAAGAAGAAGGAGGAGCGUCUGAAGCCCACUAAUCCGGUGGCCCAGAAGGCGUUGACCACACCAACCCACUACAAACUGACACCGCGACCUGCGACACGUGUUCGGCCCAAAGCUCUGACAUCAUCGGGCUCCUCCAAGUCCCAGCUGUUUGAUGGGUUGGAUGACGACGAGCCUUCCCUCACCAACGGUGCCUUUAUGCCCAGGAAGAGCAUCAAGAAGCUGGUGCUGAAGAACCUGAAUGGCAGCAGCCUGUACAGCAGCCCAAUCAACAGAGACUCCGACGACCUGUCUUCUCCACCAGAGUACCCCCUCAACGGACUCGGUGCCAGUGUGGAUGAGGAUGAUGAUGAUGUGAGGGAGGUGGUGGAGGGAGGAGCUGAGAACGACCUGGAGACCAAGUUCUACGCCAAGCCUAACCUACAGGACACCAUCUCAGAGCUCAAUGGGAUGGGGGCUGGGGGCAGGAACGGGCUUGAGGUGAGCAGCGAGGACGUAUCGCUGGGAGAUGACUCAAUACAGGAGGAGCGAGUGGAGGGCCCCCCCCACCCUGCAGGUAUCGUUCUGGGCCGUGUGGGCUACUACACCAUCCCUGCCAUGGACGAGCUGGCAAAAAUGGUGGACGAAAACGGGGUGUGUGUGGUGGAAAACUUCACCGUGGGCAGAAAAGGUUACGGCUCUGUGUUCUUCCAUGGUGAGGUGAACGUGACUGGGCUGAACCUGGAUGAGAUUGUCCACUUCAGGCGUAAAGAGGUCAUUGUCUACCUUGACGACAAGAACAAGCCCGCUGAGGGGGAGGGGCUCAACAGGCGAGCAGAGGUGACUCUGGAUGGGGUGUGGCCUAAUGAUAAGACCACCUGUACUCAAAUAAAGAGCCGUGAGCGUCUGUCUGAGAUGAACUAUGAGGGCCGCCUGGAGAAUGCCUCACGCAAACAGGGCGCCCGCUUCCUCGAGUACCGCUCGGAGACGGGGUCCUGGGUGUUUGAGGUGGCCCAUUUCUCUAAGUACGGCCUACAGGACUCUGACGAGGAUGAGGAAGUCCCUCUCAAAUUGGACCCCAAGAAGCUGAAGACAGCAACAAGACUUCCACCAGGGCUGCUGCAGCUGCCUCCCUCCCAGCAGCAGGUGGCACCACAGGCUCAGUCCACAGCAGUGUUGGAGCUGCUGAAUCGCAUGUCGGAGGUGGACAGUGAUAUGGCCGACAUUACCCAGGAUGGCCCAGGGGAGAGCAUGUUGCGGGAGGAGGAAGGGGAGAGUGGCAUGGGGGAGAAGGGAAGUCUGCUGGGUAAUGUGACCCCUUCGGAACCUGACUCUGUCUCAGCGUCCAGUCAGAUCGCCUCCUCGCUGGGGAUCAACCCUCACACACUACAGAUUAUGAAGGCAUCCCUGUUUGCUGAGGCCGAUGAUGGUGACAUGUUCCAGGAGCAGGGAGGGAUGACAAGUUCUCUAGAUGUGGCCUCUCCUCGCAUCCACCUGCCUGGCACGCAGGUCAGGCCCUCCAUCGGUGGUCUCCUGCAGACUCGUUUCAGCGGUGCCGGUCUCUUUCAGCACCCUGACGUGCCCUCCGGUGGGGGCCUUCCCGGCAGGCUGUCCAUGUCUCGGGUGUCGCCGGCGGUGCCUGAGCCUUCACGGGUCUCCCCCUGGCCCUCUUUUCUUUUGCUUGCCCCACCAGCCGAGGCCACUGUACGGACAGUAGGGGCUCGGCGCCUGGGGGGACCUGUGGACCCAGAGAACUCAGUCACACUUGGGAAGGGCCGUCUUCUGAUGGAUGCGGCUUUGUUCACGGGCCGGUCAUUUCGGGUGGGCUGGGGUCCUGGCUGGACUCUGGUCCACUGUGGAGACGGGAUAAGUGGGGCCGGGGACAAGGAGCAGGACCACGGAGACACAGGAGCUGCAGGCUUUGGAUUCCUGCCCAAACUUGCCAAGAGUAGACUACUGUCAGACAGUCCAUUCAAGGUGGUGAUUGAGCAGGUGGUUGGUCUGGAGCCGAGGAACAGUGAGGAGAGCCAAGCGGUGUACCAGCGGCCCCUGGAGAUCAGCCUGAAGCACAGCAGCAUCAGUACAGAGGGGGCCUGCCCCUUCAUCCAACCCCAGAGUGGUGUGGCCGCCCUGCACGAGUACGCAGAGUGGAUUACUGACCUCAACCAGGAGGCUGGAGAUGCAGUCCUGGGUCACUGGGCACAGGUGUGGACACUGUGUGAGGCCCUGUGGGGCCGACGGUGUUCGGCAGGGCCUGGUACCAGUGGCUACCUGCAGCAGAUGGAGAGGAGAAGGAGCUUCUCAGCCUGGCUGUCCCACAGUGCCACCCAGAGGAUCGAGCAGGAAGUGGGCCUGAACCAGGGGGGAGGAAAUGUGGAGGCCAUCUUUAGCUACCUGACUGGACACCGGAUCAGUGACGCCUGCAGGCUGGCUCAGAAGAGUGGGGACCACCGUCUCUCCCUGCUGCUGUCCCAGGCAGUGGGCUCUCAGUACGGCCGGGAGCUGCUGGCACUGCAGCUUGGAGACUGGAACAGGAUGCAGACAGACUCUUUCCUGCUGGAGGAGAGGCUACGGAUCUUUGCCCUUCUCGCUGGGAAACCUGUGUGGCAGUCUACAGACUGUGUGGUGAAUGUGUGUUCAGAACUGGACUGGAAGCGUUGUAUGGCGGUCCACCUGUGGUACAUGCUGCCUCCCACCGCCUCCAUUGCUGAAGCCCUGGUGAAGUACGAGGCUGCCUUCCAGGGCUCUGCUGAGGGUCAGAAGUAUGCCUGCGCCCCCCUUCCCCCCUACCUCGACCAAUCACACCAGCCGGACAUGGAGGAGGAAGAGUCUAAACGGCCGCUUUACGAUAUCUGCUUCCACCUGCUCAAACUCUACAGCGACAGGCACUACAGCCUGCAGCAGUUGUUGGACCCCCUGGCGGUGACGUGGGAUCGUCUUGACUACCGUCUGAGCUGGCACCUGUGGUCGGUCCUGCAGGCGCUGCACUACACACACCUCAGCCCGGCCCGACAGGACCUCAUACACACCAGCUAUGCUGCCCAACUGGAGAGUGCUGGCCUCUGGGACAUGGCCAUCUACGUACUGCUGCACAUACCUGACAACACGCUGCGUGAGCGGGCGGUGAGGGAGAUGCUGCGGCUGCACUGCCCCCUGCUGGAGACUGAGGAGUCUGCCAAGAAAGAGCACUUUCUCACAGAGAGACUCCUGAUCCCAGAACAGUGGCUCCACCAGGCCAAAGCUACCAGAGCCAGAAGAGACACAGACCGACACGGAGAGGCCCUUCACCUGUACAGAGCAGGACACUGGAACCUCUGCCACAGUCUGGUCAUGCAGCACCUUGCCUCAGAUUGCAUCAUUAAUGAUAAUCAUGAGUACCUCUUGAAGUUCCUGGAGGGGCUUGCAGUUCCUGAGUGCCGUGCUGUGAUCCAGGACUGGGACACGGCGGGCAGAGUCUACCUGGACUACAUCAGAGUCGUACAGACCCUACACGCCAUACAACAGAUGGACAGUACUGGUUAUGAGCUGGAGUGUCUACACACUGAGGUGAAGUCACUCUGCAGCAGGAUAGAGCUCCUCCCUUGCUCCACCGCCAAGGACCGCCUCGCCCAAUCAGAGAUGGCCAAGCGUGUGGCUAACAUCCUCCGUGUGGUGUUGAGUCUGCAGCAGGGUGGUGAGGGUGGCGAGAUCCCCUUGUCCCAGCUUGCGUCCAACAUCGGCCGUCUGCCCAUGCCCGAGGACUAUGCUCUUGAGGAGCUCCGCAGUCUCACCCAAUCAUAUCUGAGACAGCUCAUUGUCAGCUAAUGAUCUGCCCCCUGCCCAAUAGCAACUGAGGUAGUUUCUUGGAAGCCAAUGAGAACAGUGGGGGUAGGGGGGACGGGGGGGACGACUAUCUGGGACAGUUUAGUAGAACUACUGGGGUUUGGUAUGAAUGCAGCGAUGGACUUGAUGUGUGCUCCUUUGGGACUUUGGUUUCUCCUGAAGAAAAUGGCACAAGAUUAUUGGAUGAAGCAUUCCUCAGUGUGUGGAAAUGAAUGACUUGCAAGUUUUUGUAUAGCUCUGUUGUACUUAGUUUGUGUAAGAUGUGUUUAAAAAUUGAACUGCUGAACCCUCCUAAUACUCACCUUUCCCAGCGUUUGACCCUGUUUAAAGGGACAAUCUCAUUGGCUGGUGUGUGAACUGCCAGUAUAAAUGCUUUCUGCAAACUGUUUGAACUCGGACAAGUGGCCUACCUUCUCUGUUCAUCAACGUGGAAACUUAAAGGUCAUUAUAGUAAGAUUGGUUCGGGAGCUGUCAGGGAUGAACUGUCAAUAUGUGUAUACAUAGGGAAGAUCUAUAGCUGAAAAUGGACAAGACUCAUGUAAUAUUGUACAAAUAGCAGGCUUGAAAUGAACAAUUCUUGUUUUUGGAUACCAAAAGACAGAAAAUGUAAAAUGAAAAUGGAUAAACUAUUUUUGUAGUUUUUUGUUUAUUGUCUGAAACCCAGAGUAUGUGUGUAGUGUAUUGGAAUGGAAUCUAACUAGCACUUCAUCACAUGUUUCAGAUUUCUAUUUUAUGGGGACUACCAGAGCUGGUUUUUGUAAUCAGUGAUCCAACAAUAGUUUGUUUUUAAUGAGCCAAUCCAUUUUCUCUGGUCUUUGCAAGGAGUUUGAAGGAUAUUUUAAAUAUUAUUUACCAAGUCCUUGGUGUUACCACCCUAAAUUCUCAUUCUUUGUUCCCCUUUCUCUCUAGUUUUCUGUAUGUAGAUUUUUCAAGAGAAAUGUACUUAUUGAUUGUGCUGCUGCCGCAGUAUAUUUUGGGUGGGAGACCGCUCCCCUCGUGCACAGUGCCUUUUACGAGGAGGGUCUCCGGACUUCUGUUGCUGCCGUUGCUUUGUGCACGAUUGUGAUGGUGAUUGCAUUUUAUUCAGACUAAUAAAAAUGUUUUCUAUUUUCUCCUGAA